AUGAUUGCUAUAUAUUUAGAUAUUCACCAUUGGAAAAUUCAUUGCCUUGACUUAUUAAGUUUUGAAAAUGCUCUCAAGGCAAAUAUAUGGGGAUUGAUAACAGUAUUUCUUACUAGUUCAGUUAAAAAUUACCUGAAAGGAACACUUCUGAUUUUAUUUGUUGUCGUGGUAUUGUUAAUAGUAGCAGCAACUUGGAAAUAA